AUGAGAAUAGUUGUUGUUGUUGUUGCUGCUGCUGGUACUAGUGGCAGUGGUUGUGAUGUUGGAGGUGUUUGGUGUAAUGAACGUGCUUUUAAGAAAGCAAACCAACGUAGUAGGCAUACAAUUUAUAAUGUAGAAGUUAGUUGUAGUUCGGAUGAUGUAUGUAACACUCUUACUGUUCAGUUCACUUCCUUCGAUGUUGAUACUACUUCAUUAAAUAAUAAUUGUAAAGAUUUCACUAUUAGUAUAAGUAAUAUUCACCACAAGUUAACUACUACUACUAAUAGAAAUAUAUUUAGUAGUGAGGGAGUAAGAGAUAAAGACAUAUUAACCACACCACAACCAAAACCACUAAUUAAUUGUAACAUACUUUUACCAUUGAGUAUUAAAUGUUGGACAAAGGAAAGAUUAGAAAUCACUCUAAAAAUUGGUUCAACCAUGCUUAUUAAUUAA